AGCAAAACUCCGCUUAGCAAGCCGUCCCAACUUAAGUCUGAUGUCUGGAACCAUUUCAGAUUUAAAACAACACAGAACAAAGAGCUGGAUAAAACCAAAGUGGAUUGCAAUAUCUGCCAAGCGGAGGUCAGUUAUUGUAGAAAUACUACAAACCUCAGAAACCACUUGACAAGGUAUCACACUAUGCUAACGUUAGCUUCUGACAACAAGCCGUUCGGGGCAAAACAAAAGAAACUGAGGGAAUCACUAACAUUACCAGCUGAUUCUCCGUGGGCCAUAAAGAUAACGGAGGCCAUCGCAACUUUUGUUUGCAAAGAUUUAAGCCCGAACUCCAUAGUGGAAAACGAAGGCUUCAAGCGGCUCGUUCAGGUGCUGGAACCACACUACGUUAUGGUGCAACGUAAACAUCUGACUGAGACUGUUAUCCCCAUGAUGUAUACACGUGUGAAAGACGACAUCCUAACGAAAAUGCAGUCAGCAGAGAGGGUCGCCAUAACCUGUGACACCUGGACAUCACUGUCAACGCAGUCGUACAUGACAGUGACUUCUCACUACAUCGACAAUGAGUGGUGCCUCAUGUCUCAUGUGCUACAGACCACCGAGGUUCUCACGAGCCACAACGCUAUUAAUAUAGCUGAUAUGUUGACGGAGGCCAUACAGGAGUGGGGGCUGACCAGCAAAGACCCAGCAGUCGUGACGGACAACGCUGCAAAUAUGGUUCGUGCGGUGGAGAUAAUGCAGCUAAUGCACGUCGGAUGCUUUGCGCAUACAUUGAACUUAGCCUCACAAGCAGGUCUGAAAAUCCCAGCCGUGUCACGUCUGCUUGCUCGUGCAAGGCGUAUAGCAACGUUCUUUCACCGGAGUACGACGGCAAACCACAUACUAAAAGAAAAACAGAAGCUACUUCAACUGCCAGCGCACAAGCUAACAGUAAACAUUGUGACUAGGUGGAACAGUGCACUGGACAUGCUGGAGUGCUUUUUAGAACAACAGCCAGCUAUCUCUGCCACUCUCCUUUCACAAGACGUGCGCAGGAAUGAAAAAGAUCUGUGCACCUUAACAGAGGAAGAUGUAACGAUUGCCGAAGAUUUGGUGCGGGUCUUGAAACCAAUGAAAGAAGCCACACUGGCAAUGUCGGAGGACAAGCAACCAACUCUGUCCGUCAUCGCCCCACUUCUCGCCCUGCUGCAGGAGGCCUUGACCCCCAGCCUCGAAGACUCCACCGUGGUGAGGGACUUGAAGGCUGCUGCAAAGAAUAACUUGAGGACAAGAUAUGAUGCGCAGAAGGACACAUUGUAUGCAGCAUCAGCGCUGGAUCCUCACUUUAAGGCCCUACCAUCCCUGUCCGCUAAAGAGCGAGAGGACACCUUCUCCAGACUGCAGCCUGAGGCUGCCACUGCUGCAUGUGAUGUCAAAGCCAACACGGGUGCCCUCAAUUCUAUUAGUCGAGGGAAGAGGGCCCUGCAGCCGGCCGUCGUGGUCAGCUGGCAUGCCAGCCUCAUUGUGUGCCCACACAGCUGUGACCUUCUCAGGGAUCAUCAAGGAAUCUGCCCUCUUGAUUGAGAUUCUAGAUACAGACGUCACUGCUGCUUCCGCCAUUAUACAGUACAUUGUUUUUCAGGUCUGAACAACAGAGUGUCUGGCACACUUUAUCUUAUCUCACAGUGAGUUAUAGAGCUGUUCAUGGAAGCUGUAACUUUGAGUGUUCCUGUAGCUGCAACUCUUCUUGUUGGCAUUUUUGUGACACACACCAGGCAUACGCAGAGUGGGACAAUACUCCAUGUUGUCAUGUUUCCUGUGUCAAACACAACUAUUGUCCUAAGGUAAUCUAAUUGAG